CACGCAAGUUCAUCCAACAGACGAGAAAAAGGCAACACCAACAUGUCGACCAACCAGAAGAGCUCCUUCGAUGGCGACGCCUCCCGAAACGAUAAACACGCCCGCCCGCCGCAACCUCAAUUCCACCGGCGCCCCACCGAGCUCGCCCGCCGCCGCGAUCCACUGAACUGAGCGUUCUCGCUUUCCCGCGCGGACUGGACGGCGUGGCGCCGUCGUUCUAUAUCUACCCCUCCUCGCUCCCUCGCCGCCGUGGAAUCUUGGAAGCCUUGCUUGCUGUUUGCUGCUCGUGCAUGGUGGUGGUGACAGCGAGUGGGGAGAGGAGGAGACCAUGCUGAGGGCAGUGCGCCCGAGGCUGGGGCUGCCGCCGGCGGCGGUGGCGGCGCCAGGGGACGGCGAGGCGCGCGCCUGCUACGGCAUCGUGGUGGCGUGCGUGUCGCUGCUGCUGCUCUGCGCGCUCGUCUCAGCCGUCGGCGUCGCCAGGGCCUUCGCCGCCACCGGGGUGCUCGUGCUGCUGCUCGGGCUCGCCGGCUGGCUCGCGCCCACGGACCCCACCGUCGUCGCCCUGCGGGGGAACGCGAGCGGCGGCGGCGGCGGCAGCGGCCCGGCGGUACGGCUACAGGUUCGCCGGUGCGCGUCGUGCGGGCUUGCCGCCCAGGCCAUCGACGCGCUGCCCACGUUCACGUACGAGCCCCCCGCAGCGGCUGACGUCGAAGCUGCCGGCGGCAAGCCGAGCGCCGCCGCCGCCGCGGCGCUGUGCGCGGUGUGCCUGGAGGACGUCCAGGCCGGCGAGACGGUGCGGCGGCUGCCGUCGUGCGGGCACCUGUUCCACGUGGACUGCAUCGACAUGUGGCUGCACGCCCACCGGACGUGCCCGCUCUGCCGCCGCGACCUGAAGGUCACCGCAAAAUCAUCCUCCGCCGCCGCCGCCGCCACGGCCGACACCGACGUGCUGCCGCCGGUGUGAUGAUCCAUCCACCUUGCUUGAUGUUCACUACUAACGACAAUUUAGUGUUACUGCGUUUUCUUUGUGCGUGGUA